CUUAAAUAGUUCGCAUUUUGCACUCAACUAAGUAAAAUUCAUAAAAUAGAGUGAGCAAGUUUCAUAAAGUAGUACAAAAUUUGGCGGCAUUUUAUGAAAAUUUACCGAAUUAAGGUGUAUUUAAACAAAACCAUUCUUCUCCCUUUUUUGUUUCUUCCUUUCCAUUGUCUUUUCUUCUCUUCUUACGUUUCAUAAUUCGUGUCCGGCUCUCAUUUUUUUUUAUUGGAGAUUAACCAAUUUGGAGUAUAUAAGAAAAAUAUCAAACCACUAUUCUAUAAAUUUUUGGACUAUUUAAUAAGUAGCCCCUUUAUUGCUCUUGCGACCACUUUUACUAUCGGCUGAAGUCGGAAUGCCUACGCCUAAAACAACUGCUAAAAAACGUUGCUCUUUGCUAAAAGAUUAUCUUAAUACGGAUAUGCCUGUCACUACGGAGCGAGAAAUAUCAAGUGAAAAAGAUGAUUGCUUAAGCACUGACCAAGCGGCUAAUGAAGUUAAUAAGAGAUUUUGUAUGAAAGAAAAUGAAAAUUUCUUGAAUAAAUCAGUAAAAAAUGGUUCUACAAAACCAGUAAAAAAAAAUCCUUUAAUCGAAAAAUUCUUAGCAAACGCAAGUUCUAAAGUUGGACCUUCCUGCAUCAAGAGGAUUCAGAAAGAGUUGAUCGAAAUAACUCUCGAUCCUCCUUGUAAUUGCAGCGCUGGCCCUGUAGAUGACGAAGACCUCCAGCACUGGUCCGCCUCCAUUAAAGGUCCGGAAGGUUCCGUUUAUGAAAAUGGAAUUUUCUUCCUAGAUAUCAAGUUUCCUAAGAACUAUCCUUUCUCUCCACCAAAAGUGAAGUUUACUACUAAAAUUUAUCAUUGUAACGUUGAUAGUCAAGGCAAUAUUUGCCUGGACAUUCUAAAGGAGAAGGAUUGGAGCGCUGCCCUGACAAUAUCAAAAGUUUUAUUAUCUAUUUCUUCGCUCCUAACUGAUUGCAAUCCAUUGGAUCCAUUGACCCCUGAAAUUUCUGAUCAAUAUUUACUUCAAAGAGAUUUGCACGACAAGACUGCGAGAGAGUGGACUGAACGCUACGCGCAGUAG